GGGCCGGGGCGGCGGGAGCGGGGCUCGGGACGGGGCGAGAGGCAGCCCCRGGGCGGGGGAGAUGCAGUUCUCCAGCCGAGAGAGGCUGAAACAUGCGCGGCUGGCUGGAGACAGGCGGGAGCAGUACCCUCACAGCCUGCAGUUCUACCUGGAGCCCCCCACGGAAAGCAUCUCCCUGGUGGAGUUUGAGAGCUUUGCUAUCGACCGCCUGAGGCUGCUCAAAGUAGUUGAAAACCUCGGUGUGAGCUAUGUAAAAAGUGGUGAUACAUACAAAACUAAGCUGGAGAAUGAGCUCCGGAAACUAAAGUUUCCCUACAAAGCUUUGGCUGAGGAUGAUUAUGAGGCAAGAAGAAAAGAUCAUAUCUCKCAUUUCAUACUACGCCUUGCUUACUGCCAGUCUGAGGAUCUCAGGCGUUGGUUUCUUCAACAAGAAAUGGAUCUCUUCCGAUAUCGCUUCAAUCAAUUAUCUGAAGGUUUAAUGCAGAAAUUCCUGGAACAUGUUAAUUUAUCAUUUGAAGCUAUUGGUGAAGACCUGAAAAAUGAAUUGGCUURUGAUCUGUCUGUAUCAACCCCUGGCUUCAGUAUGUCUAAAGUAAAAGAACAAAUGUACUAUAAGGUUGGACUUGCAGAUGCUGUGGAUUUAUUUAGAGCCAGAAGAGUAUUUAUUAAAGAUGGCUUCGCCUAUGUGCCAUUUAAGGAGAUUGAUGUGAUUGUUUUGAAUAACUAUAGAACAAARUUGUCCAAAGCACUGGCGCUGACAGCACGAUCACUGCCUUCCAUACAGUCUGAUGAGAGACUUCAACCUCUGCUUAAUCAUCUCAGCCAUUCUUACGUUGGCCCGGAUUACAGUGUCCAAAAGAACACUGGAAAAAUUUCUCUAGAGCAGAUCGAUGCUCUGUCUGUGAAGUCCUUCCCUCUCUGCAUGCGGCAGUUGCACAGAGCCCUCCGUGACAACCACCACCUCCGGCACGGGGGCCGCAUGCAGUACGGGCUGUUCCUGAAAGGCAUCGGCCUCACUCUGGAACAGGCACUGGAAUUCUGGAAGAAAGAAUUUAUCAGAGGAAAAGUGGAUGCAGAUAAG